AUGGCCAAGGAGGGGCCGGGGGAGAAGGGCUGCUGCUGCUGCAGCUGCUGCUGUCUGCUGCUGCUGUACGGCGAGUGUGGAGGCAGCAGAAGCUGUGGGGCCCAAAAUGCCGCAGAAAGAAGCAAAAGCUAUCCAAAAGCAGCAUCAAUUAAACGUGCAGGCAGCUGCUGCUGCUGUUGCUGCUGCUGCUGCUGCUGUUGGCCGUGGAUGGUCGGCGCCAGCGAGUGCAGCAGCAACAGCAGCAGCAGCAAGGGCUGUGCAUGCAGCCCCUGUUCACGAGUGCAUGCAAUGUGA